UGAGAGAAGAAUGAGGUCAGCUGACUACCUGAAUUGAAUGACCAGGUUAUUCUAUCAAUGGAUUUCCAAGAUGACAAUGCCAGGAUUCAUGAAGGAGUCGUUCAGGGAGCAUGAGACAUCAUUUUCACACAUGGAUUGGCCACCACAGAGUCCAGACCUUAACCCCAUUGAGAAUCUUUGGGAUGUGCUGGAGAAGGUUUUGCGCAGUGGUCCGACUCUCCCAUCAUCAAAACAAGAUCGUGGUGAAAAUUUAAUGCAACACUGGACAUUGCAGAAGCUUAUGGAAACAAUGCCACAGCGGAUGCGUGCCGUAAUCAAAUCUAGCGGUCCAAGGAAAUAAAUAAUAAUAAUAGUAAUAAAUAGUGGGGCAAUAGUAAAAUAUGGGCUUGUGCGUAUGUAUUAUGUGUACAUAUUUUAUAUUUCUAUGCUGCAAUUGGACUGUUCAAACAGAGUUUCAUUGUAUACUUGCAAUGACAAUACUGCUGAAUAGCUGAAUAAAGAGGUGUAUAACUUUAAACCAUGCAAUUAUAACACACUACAAUACAAGCCAGGUUGAAAAGAUGUUUGUUUUUAUUUUGUGUUUUUUAAUUAUCAAGAUUUUCAGUUCCUCUCAUUUCCUCUUGAAGGCUUUUCCAGCGGCUCGGAGCCAUGGAUCUAUUAUAAGAUCCUGUUAUAUAUCCAUAUUUGGAGCGGGCUAAAACUUGCAGCUUUUUCUUACAGGCAGUUACUAACGACAGCCGUGCGCCACAGAAGGACCCCAAAGAGCCAAGAUGGCUGCCCCCGUGACGGACGCCGGCGAGUUUGGGAGCUGGCUUAAUGAUCGGCUGGACUCGCUUGAAGUGGACCGUGAGGUGUAUGGAGUCUAUAUUUUAGGGGUCUUACAAGAAGAGGAGAGUGACGAAGAGAAAGAAGAUGCGCUUCAAGGGAUUUUAUCCGCAUUUCUGGAUGAGGACAGUGUGGAAGACGUCUGCAAACAGAUCAUCAAGCAGUGGACGGACCACUGCAGCCAAUCAGCCAAACAUGUUGCAGAUGACGUUGAGGUCCAGGCCAUCGCCAGCAUGAUAGAAAAACAGGCUCAAAUCGUGGUGAAGCCGAAAGAUGUUUCCGAGGAGUCAAAGAAAAGGAAAGAAGCCCUGCUCGCUCAGUACGCCAACGUCACAGACGAUGAGGAUGAAGGUGAAGAAGAGGAGACACCGUGUGGAAAUAACUUGCCUGCAACUGAGAAAUCCCUGUUCAAAAACACCAACGUGACCGAGGUCCUGAACAGACAGAAACAACAGCGGGACCAGGCUCGCGAAGACUCUCAGAAGAAGAAAGAGACGGACAAGAUGCAGCGGGAAAAGGACAAACUCGCCAAACAAGACAGAAAGGAGAAGGAGAAGAAGCGUACACAGAAAGGUGAACGCAGAAGAUAAAAAAAAAAAAAAACCCCAAGAGAAAGGACUUUAAAAAAAAAAAAAAAAAAGAUUUGUUAAACAACGGAGAAAGAAACAGAAAAACAACACUCAUUGCCUCUUUUUAUCUAAACCUCAUUAGCACCUCGGGUAUGUGGACAUGAUGUCAUCAGACCCUCGUUAUUCACUUCCUGCAACUCUCAAUACGUGUCGAGAAAAAAAGGAUAUAAAGAGAUAUUAUUAUAAGAUGUUGUCUAAGAAUAAAGCUGCAAAUGGUUAUAUGAUGAAUACUUGUGACAGUCAGUCUAACAGUACGUCAAUGAAAAUAGAUCUUUAUACAUAUCUGCCAAUUUACUGUUGAUUCAGCUGAGUAAGCUCUCAAACAUGAGUCACAGUUAAAAAAAGAGAAAUGAUCUGUUAAUCAGAUUUUUAUGUGCUGUGUCAAUAUCUUGACUUUUCAUCACUUUAAAGUGAAGACAAGUGUUUCAUGUCAGUUUUUUUUUUUGCUUUCAUUUUGAUGCUUAUAGUUUCAGUUUUACCGUCUAUGCAUUUUUCCUCCGAGGAUAAGAAGAAAGGAGUGAGUUGCUAAAUUAUACCUCAAAUUGAUCACAUACUAUGAUUUGAAUGUUUAUAAUGGGGUUUAAAACAUCUUUUUAAAUUAA